AUGACAUCGCGAGAAAGCUCGGAGCCGGACGUGCCACCAACGCGGAAGAUCAUAACAGCGGAUGAUUAUGACAAAGCUCGCAGUAAAGAGUUUCUACCGUAUACGGAUUUCGCAUUAGUAGAAGGGGAUAAACCAAUAGUAACAUCAGAAUUUACGUGUCCAAUUUGUUUAGAUCUCUUAUUUAAAACAGUAACAGCUAAGGAUUGCUUACAUCGUUUCUGUUCUGAUUGUAUAAAUAUGGCACUUCACAAAGGAAAUCGUGAAUGCCCUACAUGCCGGUCAAAAAUUAUAUCGAAAAGAGAUUUGAGAUCAGAUAAAAGAUUUGAUGCUAUAGUCAAAGCUAUGUGGCCUGAUCGACAGGAGUAUGCUCGUAUAGUUAGAGAAUAUGAAGAAGCCAAUCAAAAAGAAUCAACUGAUUAUUACCGUGCACUUGAAAAACCUGAUUCAGCUAUAGUAAUGGAGAAUAUUCGCAAUUUGACAAAACCAGCGAAUACUCAUGAUCUUGGAAUGGAACCGGAUGAGGGCAGAGCAAAAAGAGUUGUUAGCAAUUUUUCAAAAGCUGUGAACUUACUGAAUGAAGAUGGUGAUUUAGAGAAAUGUUUGAAUAUCAUCGGUACGUGCAAGCCAGUACCAUCGAAUAAGAGUGGUAGCGAAGAAACACCAGAUGAUGAAUCUACCACUUCUCUCCUGAAAACUGUUAUUCAUUAUAACACUUUAGAAGAGGUUUUGAAAGCCGUUCCUAUGAUAUCUAGCGAAGAGGAAUCGGAUGACGAUGAAUGGGAAUUGGAAGACUUGGAGUGUUCUGUUGAUGAUAAAGUGAUGGUUAGUGUAAAGUCAGAAAAAACUGUCCAAGAUGCGGAAAGCAAAGUUGAAUCGUCUAACUCUAACGCGGAGCAGAGAGGACUUAAAAGAAAGCACUUAGACUUAGGAAAAAAUGAAGCUCAAUCUUCACAAGCUACAGAACCGGAGACAAAAAAAGUAAAAGCAGAGGGAUCAGUUCAGCCAACAUCUGUUAGCGGAAGUACGAAUGUUGGAGUAUUAAGAAGAACUGAGAAACAAAAUGUAGCGGCAAAAUUAGAUUGCGACCACAAUGAUCCUCAAUCAUCUCAAGAAAGUACCGCUCGAACUUCUACGUACCCGGGAAAUGAUGAGCGUCAGAGGAGAGAGAAUGAUUCAAUGCGGAAUUACGAAGAAGAUGAUGAGGAAGAUGAUGGAAAUGGAGAAGAGUACGACGAAGAUGAUGAAGAAGAGGAACUCCCUCGGAACACUAAAUUUCGAAACUACGCUAAGCGUACCGUGUUCCCUCCAGGACAUAUUGGAGCCCGCCGUAUUACACAAACCGUGGGCGAUCGUCAAAUUAAAAUCGUUCCGGUUAGCGAUUUACAUCCUGAUGAGGACAGUUUCGAGGAUGAAGAUGAGGAAUAUACCGAUGAGGACGAGGAAGAGUUCGAAGAUGAAAAUGAAGAAGAGUUCGGAGCCGAAGAUGAAGAAGAAGAGGAACACGAUGAAGAAGAAUGUAUGAAGAAUGUGGGUCAACAAGGACGAGUAGUUGAAGAAGAUUAUUAUGAUGAUGAAGAGUAUGAGGUUGAGGAGUAUGAUGCUGAAGAGCUGGCACGUUUAGCUCAACAACACUUUAAGGACAUGCAGAACUUGUAUUUGAAAAACUUUCUUGCUGGUCUAUUAGACUCAUACACUGAUAAAAAUCUUCGAUGGAAAGUAAACUUCCGUAAGAUGUUCAUGGAGGAUCCACCUGAAGUCGAAAUGAAUGACUUGUUUUUUUCCUACAUCUGCAAACGACGUUAUAAAUCACUCAACAAGCAUCCAGAGUUCACUGCUUAUUAUUACAUGUUGAAUAGGAAGCAACCGAAGGAUAAAUACAAUCGUCGGUGUAUUCGGUUUCAUGACCUUAUGUUUGGUGAUAGGAACCUGGAAAAAAUAGAUGAAAGUUUUGAGAAAACUUAUAAGCAAGAAAUCUUAAACACUUCUCGCAUACAAUCUCCUGGCGAAUUCGGCAAUUACGACGUUUAUUACAAUGAAAGUGAGGAUGACGAAUUCACUGGAUUUCAAACAGACGAUGAACAUCAGAAAGUGUUAAAAGAAUUUAAUAUGGAUGGCGCGUACGUAGCAGAGCUGAAACCUUUUCUUCAGCCUUUGGAUUUAGGUAUCAGUAGCUGCAGCUCUAUUGAAGACGAGAAAACCAAGAACUUUGUGAAGAAGAAAGUUAGGAAGAACAGAUACUACAACUCGAAGCAUGCUCGCUUUGGAUUAGCUUCUUACUUUGACAAAAAGUAUGGCAGAAUUAAACAAGAGGAACUGGAUGAACGAGCAAAGUACUUGAGGUUGAAAGAUGCUAUGAGGAAUGCAAAGCCAGGAGAAGAAUCGAAAGAAUGUUCUGAAGUGACUUCUGAAAAUUCUGACGGAGAAAUCAGAGAAGAAACCGAUACGUAUAAGUCUAAGCAGCUUGAGAAUGCUACAGAAGAGAACGCAGGUGAUAACUUCACUGAAGAAACGGGUAGAAUGGAUGUUGAUUUUGAUGAAGAAGAUGAAGGAAAUGACGCUGACGAUGAAGAUAACUCAGAUGAUGGCUCAGAACUAACGGAUGACUCAGACACUAUGAACGGCCUAACCGAUGAAACAGAUUCAGACGAUGACUCUGAAGAUGAAAUGCCGCUUUUAGACCGCUUAAUUCUGAGAGCUAAGUCGAAGUAUAGAAACACAAACUUUGGUGUGCGUGAAAGUUCUGAUUUUGGAACUGAUUCUGAUAGAGAAACAACAUAUCAUAACAACAGAUGUGGCUUGCCCAAAGUGUCUCGAGAAUUCAUGGAAUAUGUCCAACAUUCUAGAAUAUGGUUCACGAUCUUAAAGCAUCCAUAUAAUAGAACCAAAUUGUGUUUGAAAAGAAGCGCUAAGUUCUAUCUUCGUGCCUGGAGAGAUACUCAAAGUGGUAUUUAUGAUGCUGCUGCGUUACGAGGAGAAGAAUUUUUGCCAGAACAUCCUGAAUGCGUUUUCCCGAAAGUGUUCUAUGAAUACAAUACUUUCUUCAAAAGUAGACCACACACAGCAGUGAAACGUUAUUGGCGAAGCGAUGUGCUCGUUAAGCCGGAAUUCGCGGCAAGCAAUCGAUCCAUGUGUCACAUAGAUACUAUAAUGAAGAAAUCUAACUACUUUGGUUUGGACGACUAUAUUGAUGACGAGGAGAUUUAUGUCGAUCCAGAAUUGUAUGAGGACUCAUGCAGCUCGGAUAGUUGCAAUUCUGAUUUCGAUGAUGACGAGUAUCACGAUUCUGGAAAAUAUCGUGCUGAUGUUGAUAAUAUUAUCAAAAAUCAUAACUUCGCUGAAAUUCUAGAAGGUUUGCCAGAUUUUGAGAAACAUCCAGAAGUGAUGCAGGCUUUGGUUAGUUACCUACAAUAA